UAUUUUAUACGUUUUUGGUCAUGAGUUGUUUUAGGUCUCUGUCAUCUUUUCAUUACGUCUACGUAAAUACACUUUGUUAUAACCAAAGAGACGAUAUUUUUAUAUCUCUUAUUGAAAAUGACAAAACUUCUGACGUUCGUCUUGAAAUUUCAUUAGAAAAUUACUUAUUGUUUAAAAAAAAAAAAAAAAAAAAAAAAAAAAAAAAAAAAAAAAAUUGAAAGAUGGGAAGUUAUAUGAGCAGAAUUGCAUCUAUGUCAAAUACUGCAGUACAUUCUGUUUAUCGAGGCCGUAAACGAAAAUGCAUCGAAGAGGAUGAUUUCGAUUCUGAAUUUGAAUACAUCGAUCGAACACUUCAAACGCCUAAAAAGAGAAAAUUACUAACAACCGCACAAUAUAUAUACAAAACUUUAUUCCAAGAAGAGAAAGGAAGUGAUAUAACUGUGCUCAUGUUAGGAAAAGCAUGGAGAUUACAUAAAGUUUAUAUUAGUCAAAGUCCAUAUUUUGCAAGUAUGUUUUCUGGAUCCUGGAGAGAAACAAAUGAAACUGUAAUUAGCGUUGAAAUUGCUGAUUCCAAUAUCACAUUAGAUUCACUUUUAACAGUACUAGGAUCAUUUUACCAAGACGAAGUCAGUUUAGAGCCAAAGGAUGUCAUUUCAAUUUUAGCUACGGCUACUUUAUUUCAAUUACAAGGAUUGAUCGAUCAAUGCACCAAUAUUAUGAUUGAAACUACAAAUAUUAAAACUGUUGUUCCAUAUUAUAAAGCAGCGGUUUCAUAUGGUAUGCCUGCAGUUAAAGUGGCUGCUAAAAAAUGGAUGGAAGUUAAUUUAUUAGGAUACGGUUGGUUAUAUCCAACACUUUUACAAGACAUUACUCCAGAUUUAAUGGCAGAAUUGAUUGUUAGUCCAGAUUUGGUGGUUAUACAAACAGAAUUUUGUAUAUAUAUGAUGCUACGUCUAUGGCUGUUUGUACAUCUAAAAAAUAGAGAUGAAACAAUUGAGAUAGACUUUAAAAACCAUACAUGGACAGAACCUUUUCUAGCGACAGAGGAAGGCAAAGAAUAUGCAACUCCGUUCAAAGCUCUAAGAAUGAAAUAUCUACUUUUACAUGAUCAAGAUGUUAGAGUUUUAUACAGUGAUGAUUUAAUACCUCCUAGUUGGUUACAUGAUGCAUAUAAAGAACAAUGGUUACAUUUAUUAAGAAUUGAUGCUAGCAAAGAUAAAGGACCUGAACAAAUGAGUGAGAAAGAAUUUUAUCAAGAAUGUUUUCGAUGUGGCCGAUAUGUUGAGAAACCCGGUGAACAUAUCUGGAGAUGGACAGCAUUUCAUUUUGGACUAGAUUUUAUUAUGUGUCUGGAUACUACAAUUUUGCGUAUCAAACGAAAUCAAAGAUUAGAUACAGAUCAUAUUCACGCAAAUCAUAAUAAACAUAAUAUUAUUUUAAAGGUAACAUUAAUUUCAUUGGAUGAACAACGCCAAGUUAAACAUAUUCAAUCUUCCGGAAUGCUUAGGUUAUCGCUACACAAAAAUGAAGAGAAACAGGUGAUGUCUCUGGACAAACAAUUAACGUAUCCUUUGUACAUGUCUGUUAAUAUGCAAGUAGUAACACCAUUUUUAUUUAAUGAGGAAGAGAAAUUAAACGAUGUCAUGCUUGUGGAUACCUAGCAGUUUAAAGAGAUAAACAGAAUACAUGAGAAAAUGGGAAUUGAAAGGUGCUUUCAAUAAUGCUGAUUAUAAAAUCACGAUUUUGUAAGUUUGCGAGUUUGAGAUUGAAUUAUUUGAAUUUCAUUUUCAAUAAGAUUUUUCUAAUCUUCUAAUCAUCUAAUUAUAAUUGUCGAAAAUUGCGUGCUUUUUAGAUAUUAUAAAUCUAGUAUUAUGAUAUUUUUCUGGUCGGACCAAAAUACUGUGUAAAUUUUAACUUGCAUUUAUACAUCGAAAUUAUAGCGUAGAUAUAUCAUUUAAAGUUACUUAAAUACUUACCUUUAAUUAUAAAAUUUACUUAAGUAUUAGUUGAUCAAGAAAAAUCGCAUAUUAAUAUUCGCGCAGAAAAUAAUAUAUUUGUUUUUUUAAAAUGAAGUCAAAUAUAAUUUAUCAGAAGUUAUUUGCUUUUUUGUAAAAUGCAAAUAACUAUCUUUACAAAUGCACAAUUUACUCGAUUAUUCGUUGAGAUAAAGACUUCAUUAUAUAUUCAACAGCUAUUAAUCAUAUACAGGAAAUAUAAAAAUUACAUGUUGCCAUUUUAUCAGAUAAUUUUUUAAUUCAUAAUCAGUAUAAAAUCACUCUUGAAUAUGGUCAUGCAAAGUUAAUUUUAAUCUUGAUAAUUAAAGUCUCAUUUCUUUUACUAUUCCAAACUAUUUUAUUUGUCUAACAUCAAUAUCAAAUUUACGAUUGUUUAAGAAUUUUCAUUGCCACUGAUGAACUGAAAAAUUAUCUGAUAAUGUAGUGAGAAAAUUUUUACAUGUCCUGUAUUUAUAAAUUUAUCUAUGAAAUAAUUCUAAUACAUUGAUAAUACAUUGCUAAAAUGCAUUAUACAUUAAUAUUGUAUUAAUGCAGUACCAAGAAAUACAUAUAAAACGUUUGACAUUUCGUUACAUUAUUUUACAUAAUUUUAUUUAUUAAUAGCUAGGAUAUAAAGAAAUUUAUUAUUUUAGUAAUAGAAAUGCUUUCUAGUUCAUUUAGUUUUUAGAACAUACUUUAUAAAUCUGUUAAAAUGGAAAGAUCUUUUUAAGUUCUAUUGGAUAUUUAUCUACAUAAGAGCGAAAUACAUAAAAAUAUAUGUUUGCAAUAUUCAAAUAUUAAUAUCAAUUAUACUUGUCCAAGCUUUGCAGAUUAUAUCAAUUUGGGCAGAAGCAAUGUAUCUAUAGUUAUAUCUAAACAUUUCUAACUAACUAUGUCAUUAUACUAUUUCAUAAAGCUUUAAUAUGUAGGAUUUCAUAUGCUUCUUAACUGCUAUAGAUAAAGUUUAAUAUUUAUUUAACUUUACAUAUUAAUAUAUUUAUGACACAAACUAUUCUUAAAUGAAAUGUCAAGUUACAAAAGAACAUCUUAUUCAGCAUAAUUCAUAAUAGAUAAAAGAUUUGUAUUUGUAAAAGUUUUAUGAUAUAUUUUUAUUAUUAAAAACAACUGUAAAUAUAAAUUGUGUUAAUGCAGACUUGGGUUUUAUAACAUUUAUAUACAAAAAAAAAAAAAACAUAAUUAUUUAAGUUUCUAAGGAUAUAAGCGAUUUGAUUUACAGGUAAUAGUAAAACAAAAGACAUUUGUAUAACAAUACUAUAUAGAAACAUUUGAUUUCAUGUAUUAUAUUUUUCAUAAAAUAUUUAUAUAAAAUUUCAUUUCUAGGAAAACUUUAAUAUAACAGAUAUAAAAUGUACAUAUAAUCUAUAACUAUCAUAUAUAUAUAUACAUAUGCAUAUAUGUAUAUGUAUGUUAUUUUUAUAUUUUUCUCACUUUUAUAUAUCUUUCUAAAACAAAUUAAACGAAAGUUUUGUUCACAAGUGAUUUAUAUAUAAAUGUGAAAGAAUAUUUUAAUUAACAAAAAGGACUCCCAUUUCCAAAACAAUAUAAAUAUAUCUACAUGAAACAGUAAAUGUUUAUAAUGGGAUUUUUGGAAGAAAAAUAAUAUAAUUUGAUAUUCUUUUCCGUAACCAUUUAACACUUUAUUGGCAGAAUACUCUCUGUACAUUGUGUAUUUUGUGUACAAUAGAAUAUAUAAUUUGACAAUAAAUGUUACAAACAAAUUUAAAAAGUUUGACGUAGACAUUCUCUUGAUACGUUUGUAGGGGACAACCGGUAUUAUAACUAGAAUUCUUAAUGAAGCGUCAAUUUGCGAUCAUUAUUAUGUAUAAGAAUUUUACGCAUGUCAUCAAAAUGUGUCAUUCUUCAAUUCGAUAUGCAUGAGGUGGGGCAGUGUCAUGAUUUGGAAAUGUGUGUUAUUGCAAUUUGAUCCACCACGAUUAUGUAAGAUGAUAUGUAUUGAAAUGCGCGAUUGUAUGAUUUAAGAUCGGAUGAAUUUGAAAUGACAAAUCAGAUUAAUCUGUGUUUCCAUUAUUAUACUCAUUCGAGUAACUAGAAAAGCAUAUUUUUCUUGUUGUUAUCCCUCGAGGAUUUUCUUCUUUUACAAGAAAUUCAAAUCGUGGACACAUUUUUUGAAAUUAUUUCAAACUUUUCUAUAUUGCAUUCGUAAACAUACUUUAAAUUUAUAUUUAAGAAUAUAAUUUUAAGCGUAAUUGAAUAAACGCAUAAGAGUCACAUGACAUGUAUCGGCAGAAAUAACAGUAUUUAGAACACUAGAGGUGUUAAUUAAUUUUAAUUAUUAUUUUUAAUUCUUAAUCGAAUUCGUCCGUCGGAAUUAAUUUAGAAAUUCGAGAUCCAAUUCGCGCAUUUUGAAUCACGUUCAGGAUCAUCAGUCAUUAUAGAUUAAAGGCGCUUGAUCGUUAGAGAUCGAACACGAAAAUUUGCGGUGUUUAAAAUAUUUUUUUUUUUUUUACAAGCAACACCAAAGGAAUCAUAGAACGAAGGAAACAUUGCAAAAGAAUAAUCAUUGUUUAGAUACAUAUUCUAUAAAUUUUUAACAUUUAACAUAGGACGUUAAGAUUCUUCGAACAGAAAGAAGAACACACACGCGUCGUAUUUCUCUCUUAUUAUUAUUAUUAUUAUUAUUAUUAUUAUUAUUAUUAUUAUUAUUAUUAUUAUUAUUAUUAAUUAUAAUCCUGAUGUGUCAGAAAGAAGAGAAACUGAUGCGAAACGAUUUCGAGUCGAAGAGGCAGAGAUUUAAUACCGCGUCUUUCAACGAUUUGAAAAUUGUCUCUAACUUGGAUCUGUAUCAAAAGAAUGUGAGUCAACACUUUCAUAAUAAUAGGGCCUUAAGCUUCGUGCUUCCGAGUGCGUAUACGGAAUUCGCGUAUUCAUUUCUUUUUUGUUUUUCUUUUUUCUUUUUUUUCUGUUUUCUUUUUUUUUUCUUUCUUUUUUUUUUUUAAUUCAAUUUCGCCGUCAUUUUACAACGACUUAUUUAUUUGAAAAUGCCACGUCCCUAUCCACCCCCAUCACCUUCCUCCCUCUAACUUCUUCCCUCCGUUCUCUAUCCUCUCUCAAAAGCCACAGGAAACUUCUAUCUUUUUUUCGCUAUUGUUCCUUUUUCCUUGUUCUAUUGCUACCGUCGGUUGCUCUGUGUUCGUCGUAAUGUAUUUUUUUUUUCUUUUUUGUUGUUUUCUUCAUCCUUUUUUUUCUUUCUUUGCUUACAAUUAGUAGUAUCGUUAUUUUAAUUGCAUUAAUAGUAACAGUAGCGAUAGUAGCGGUAUUACUGGUAAUAGUAGUUAGUAGUAGUAGUAGUAGUAGUAGUAGUAGUAGUAAUAGUAGUGUGGUAAAUGUAGUGGCGACUGUUAACACUUGAGCAAUUACGAUGGCGGUGGUGACGUUGUUAGAGAUCCUUGUAAGAUUCAAUGGUAUUAGGACCGCGUUGUUAUGUGUAUGUGUGUGAGACGCGUUUGUUUAUUUAUUUAUUUUUUAAUUCUCUUUGUUUACUUAAGCGUUUCUAUUUCAUCUACUUAUCGAUCCUCGAUCAAACACACUACCUGGCUGAUUCGUUACGAACGUUUAAUCUUUCUCGACCGAGAGAGCUCCUUUUAAAUCUCCACCGUUGAUUUUAAUUUUAAUUUUAAUUUUAAUUUUAAUUUUAACUCUUUCUUUUUUCUUUUUUUUUUUUUGUUUUUCUUUUUCUUUUUCUUUUUCUUAAUUUUUUUAUUUCAUCUACGUCGAACGCCCUCGAAGGAAUAGCACGUAAAAUCGAUGAGCUAUCAUCGAUUUCAGCAUUACUUACUGAUCGUUCAUUCAAAUAUACAUACUUACUACAUAUAUUCUCUUUGUACAUACAUCAACUUACACGCACCCACACAUACAUAUACACACGCAACACGCGAGACAAUCUUCGUAAUACAAUAAAAUAUAUACAUACGUGUACGUACAUAUAAGUAUAUAUCUAGUAUUUCUUGAUCGGUCACGGUGCGUUUCCCAUUUCACUACGAAUUAUUGAGAAUUUUCAUUUAUACUAAUGUAUAUUUAUUGCAAAAAUCGGCAAAACACGUGGAUCGUGUUCGUGAUUGGCGAUAUUUCUUAAGUUAAAGGUAAUAGUAAUAGGAGAGGCCUGAGGGAUUCCAAGAAAACGGAUAAAAAUUUAGUUCCUUCCUUGACAUAUUACAAUUAUUAUGUAUUAGAAUAUAUUUUCGUUAAUAACGUUUAAACUUUUGUUCGAUUGAAAAAUUCUUAAAUGAUCGUAAACAAAGGAUUUCGCACUAUCACGAACGCAAUCGCAUGUAGUGUCACUCGUCUAAAAAUAAGCCAUAAUCUCUUUUCUUUGCGUGCAAUUCCAUUUAACGUCUUCCUGUAAUAGCGAUACAUCGGCAGACCAUAAGUCUCGUGUAUUCAACGUUUUAUCGGUCUAAUAUGCGCGUGUUCGUUCGUAGCGUAAUUCUUGACACUAUUAUUUACUUCCUAUAUGUCUAAAACGUUUUAUCUUUUAUUCUUCUCUCUCUCUCUCUCUCUCUCUCUCUCUCUCUCUCUCUCUCUCUCUUUCUCUUUCUCUCUAUCUAUUGCAUUAAUCAUUACAUACGUCCCAUUCACGUUUCAAGAAUAUUUCUAUCGCUUCGAAUUCGCGCGUCUCUGGCAGUUUUUUUUUUUUAAAUCAUUCUCUCUUUUUUUCUUGUAUACUACUACUGAUUAUAAUUUGACUACUUUUGACGCGGCCCCGGUCGUAGAGCACGGAACAAUGGUGUACAUACCUAUCGCGCACACUCCAAACAUUUUCAUCCAAAAAUAGGUAGAAGCAGCAGCAGUAUUUGGAUCGUCGUCGACUCGUCGAUAAUCGUUUACCUCUGCUUUUUUUUACAUUUCUUUCUUUUUUUUUCUUCUUUUUCUUUUCUUUCCUUUUUUUUUUUUUUUUUUUUUUAAA